CUGCCGCCCACUCCCGCCGCAAGCGGCCACGUUCAAGAUGGCGGCGGCGGAAGUGUGGCGAGCCGCGGAAGCCGGGUCAUGGCAGCGCCGGAAGAGCCGCGCGGCGGUGCGGAGCGGGGCCGGGAGGCGGUUGGCGUGAGCCGUGCCCGGGCGCGGCGGGACCUCGUGGCUGCCGCCAUGUCGCGCAGUGCGGAGGAACUUGUGAGUGGGGAGAAUGAGGAGGAAAGUAACGGUAUCAAUUUGAUGGAGUUCUCAGAUGAGAUCCUUCUGCACAUCCUAAGCUACGUCCCUUGCACAGACCUGGUCCUGAAUGUCAGGAAGACCUGCAGGAAGCUUGCAACGCUUUGCCUUGACAAGAGUCUAACCCAUACAGUUUUACUUCAGAAAGACUAUAAGGUAAACAAAGACAAAGUGAAGCAGCUGAUGCGGGAUAUCGGAAAAGAGAUUUACCAGCUGAACAUGGCUGGGUGCUAUUGGCUGCCCAGCUCCACUACUGAUCAUGUAACACGGUGCAAGAACCUGGUGAAACUGAACUUGUCUGGGUGCCGUAUCACCUCUCUCCGUCUCUCAAAGAUGCUGUCCUCACUUCAGCACCUGCGGUCCCUGGCAAUAGAUGUAAACCCAGGUUUUGAUGCCAGUCAGCUAAGCAGUGAGUGCAAAGCCACCCUGAGCCGUGUCUUGGAAUUGAAGCAAACCCUUUACACUCCAUCAUACGGUGUUGUUCCAUGCUGCACUAGUCUUGAGAAACUGCUGCUUUAUUUUGAGAUCCUUGAUCGCUCACGAGAAGGUUUUAUGCUGUCUGGACAGCUAAUGGUAGGUGAGAGCAAUGUACCCCACUACCAGAACCUUCGCAUCUUCUAUGCCAGGCUGGCUCCUGGCUACGUUAAUCAGGAGGUGGUGAGGCUGUACUUGGCUGUGCUAAGUGAUCGGACACCUGAGAACCUUCAUGCCUUCCUUAUUUCUGCCCCUGGUAGUUUUGCUGAGACGGGAGCUACUAAAAACCUUCUGGACUCUAUGGCUCGAAAUGUACGCCUGGAUGCUUUACAGUUGCCCAAAGCCUGGCUUAAUGGUUCUGGACUCCUGCAACACUUGAAGUUCAACAACCCUUUCUACUUCAGCUUUAGCCGAUGCACCUUAUCUGGUGGUCACCUGAUCCAGAGAGUUAUUAAUGGUGGGAAGGACCUUAAAAGCUUGACCAGUCUGAAUCUCAGUGGCUGCGUUCACUGUCUGGCUCCAGAGUCUUUGUUUCGAAGAGCAGAAGAUGACAUUGACAGUAGCAUUCUGGAAAGCCUGGUAGUGUCUUGCUGCAACCUCAGGCACCUCAACCUCUCUGCAGCUCACCACCACAGCUCAGAAAGCAUAGGGAAUCAUUUGUGCCAGCUCCUGACCAGGCUAAAGCACCUACUCUCACUGGCACUACCAGUUUGUUCCAUCACAGAUGUUGCUGCGAACGUGGAAAAGCCUCCCACGCAGCCUAAUGUGGUGCCCCAAACGUUUGGAAAGAAAAUCCGUGUGGGAGUACAGACAUAUCCGAGAACCUUAACAGACCAGGCAUGUCCGAAGUUGGAGUCUUCGGUAUUCUGGACACUGAUGAGAAGCCUCCGGUUUUUGGAAACCUUAGAAAUAAUUGGGUCCAGUUUUUCCUCUGCCAUGCCUCGCAAUGAGCCAGCAAUUCGGAACUCAUUGCCUCCGUGUGUCCGAGCACAAAGCGUGGGGGAUUCGGAGGUGGCUGCCAUUAGCCAGCUGACUUAUUUGCAGAGCCUCACCUUAGCACAACUGCCAAAUAUUGUUACUGGUUCUGGGCUUGUUAGCAUUGGAUUGCAGUGCCAGCAUUUGCGGACUCUUUCAUUGGCCAACCUGGGCAUGAUGGGGAAAAUGGUCUAUAUGUCUGCUCUCAUGGACAUGCUGAAACACUGCAAGUGUUUGAGAGAUCUCAGGCUGGAACAGCCCUACCUCAGCGCGGGCGCCCAGUUCUUCCAGGCACUGAGUCACUGCUCCUCUCUCCAGCGGCUUUGCAUCGUCUCCCGGAGUGGGACUCUGCAGUCUGAUGCAGUGAUGUCAUUCAUGGCCAACUGCCUUGAGGUCAUCAUGUGCCACAUGUUUAUGGGAGAAUCUCUUACCGUCUGCAGAAAUCUCCAGCAGUCCAUUGUCCGGAGGGGACACGCUUCGGAGCUGUGUUCUAACUGCACGGCGUGGGCUCGCACACUGAAGGCGCCGCGUUGUGUUUGGGAGAUGCUUCUCCUCCGUGGACAUCCAAAGGGAUCGUGGUUGGCCCUCGUUGCUGCGGGACGAAGCGGCCCCCCCGGCUUGCAGGACGAAUGGAAAUGCCAUCGUCGGGGUCCGUGCGGCGCCGGAGGGUCUGUGCCAUGCGUGUUCCAUGGGACUUCCCCAGUGAGAGCCCAGCAGAUGUCACUACAGCCUGCGCGAUGGGGACAGGAGAGGGGACACGUCCCAUCUCAGGGACGCGCUGUGCGCUACGUACUGCGCUGCUCGGGACCUGUGCUCCUCGGUGGUGAGUGCCCAAAGCAGCAGGAAGGGGCACCUGGAGGAGAGGGUGAUGUCCCCUGAUGGCAGCAUCACCAGCCCGUGUCCCCAGGCCCUCAAGGGACCAGGAGCAUCUUUAUCCCGUCCGUCCCAGCGGCCGGAUCUGGGCAUCCCCCGGGUGCUGGGGCAGAUGCUGGGAGCGCUGCUGGGAGCUUCCUUGGGUCCCUUGCCGCGGCAGCGUGCUGAAAUGCACCUCACCCAUCCAUCCAUCCAUCCAUCCAUCCAUCCCUCCUCCUCCUCCUCCUCCUCCUCCCCUGAUUCCUCCGAGCACUCUGCUGCCCUUCGGGGGAGAAGUGCUGACUCCAGAUGUUUCCCUAAUGAGAACCUUCUGCAAACAGCGCUGCUUUAUUUUCCUACGGAAAGCGAACCAAAGGGCCGUGCUGGUGAUGGUUAAUCCCCUGCAGCCAGCGCUGGGGACGGGGCAGAGGCUCCAGCUCCUUUCUGCGGAGCGGUGCUGGUGCAGCACGAUGCACCCAGUGGGGCGGGUUUGGGCUCUCUCCUUUCUGAGCCUGGGUUCACUGCCACCGCGUUUGGGAUCGCAUCUGAUCUGUGGUUCCCCAUCCCUGGCUCCUGCAGGUCAGCUCAGCACAGCCGAGAGAGAUGGCAAAGCGCUCCUUUAAACACGCACCGUGCCGCUGAUGAGUCCAUCCAGGGAAUUAAUUGCAGCGAAUGGCAUGUAAUAAACAGCCUCAGCCCUCACCCACUGCUGUCUGGGAAGGGUUAAAAAGGAAUCACGUAUGAGUGUGGGGGGGGGCUGUAAAAUGGAGAUGGGGCGGUGGGAGGGACAGUGAUUUUGUUCACGGUAAGAAAAAAUAAUGGUAAAAAAGCAAAUGUGGAGGGGGCAGGGCUGUCCGGGCUCAUCCUCAGCCCAGGUCCCAGCAGCCCCAUGGGAUGCACCACGGAGGGAUUUUGGUGCCCGUGUGACAUCCCAUGGCACCUUCCCCAUGAGGAUGCUGAGCACGCCGGGGCUGUGCCGUGGUGUUUUCUGCCUCAUCCCAAAGGAUGCAAUGAACACGGUCCCCAGCCACGGGGGGGCAAUGGGGUCAGGGGGUCCUGGGGAGCCCCUGCAGCAUCCCCAUAGGGAUGGGGGUGAUAUCCCACACCCACAGAUCCCAGUUUGUUCCUGGGGCUGUGUGUGGGGCGCUGCGAGCUGCCGCUCCGUGGGGCUGAGCCUGCAUCGCAGUCCCUUCUCAGCCUUUCCUCAUUUCUUUGGGAUUUCAGGCAGCUUCCAAAUUCUUGCGCAGCCAAAUCCUCCCUGGGGCUGCCAGGAACCCCGGCCAGCAGCGGGGACGUGCUGGUUCUGUACCCACAGCACGGCCAGUAUUGCUGGCGUGCUGCGGGUGAUGGGGACGGGACGGAGCCCCCGCUCCUCCCUGCCCUGACGCAGCCACAUCAGAGCGGGGGAUCCUGGUGGAUACCGCUGUGCCCUCCCCUUUGCCGGCACCUGGGCUCCAUCCCAAAACUCGAGGUGAUGGGCAGAGCGCUCCUGGCUCUGCACCAGGGCCCCGCUGCUUCGGGGUCCCACCCCAAAUUCCCCACACUUCACCCACCCGCCCUCGCCGUGUUCCCGAGUGUGGAAGCGUGGUGGUUUAUCUGCUCCCGCUCAGGAUUUAUCGUCCCCAGCACUUCCCGUGCUUGCUUUCAGCAUGCACUAUUUCUUCUCGUGAACGAUAAAUCAAAACUGUUUGUUUUCAGUGGC